AUGCUACCUGGCGAAACUCAAGAUGAUAAAUGGAAUCCGAGAGACCGUGUCGAAACUCCAGACAUGACGCCUGUGGAAUCUCAGAUACCCCAUCGUUCGGUCAGGAACCCCCCCAGACGUUAUUUUCCGCCAGCAUUUCGGAACAAAAUGCUUCUAAAAACGAAAUCCGAGAUUCUUGAAUGUGCGGCGCGGUAUCAAAUGCAUCCAGCGACACUAUGGGAUAGAGUCCGAAAAUGGAAGUCCCGCUACCUGAAGCCUAUUCAUGGUAAGCGAGCCGGACGUGACGAGCCACCCGGCUUGGGGGAGGUGGACGGGAACCCGUGGUGUGUCGACCUGCUUCAAAUGGUCAGCCCCACUUACGGACCCCCUUCCGCGCUCUCGAUUGUGUUCGACGCGGGCCCUCCCGGUUGUCUCUCACUGGGCCUUCUGGUGGCCGUGCAAGACGCCCGUGUGGGACAGCAGGACGCCCUGGCAGAUCGCUUGUCUGUCCUUCCCCUUCCGGCCCUGCAGGGGUGUCUCUCCGAGCUCAUCAAAGGCCGGGAGUUUUGGGACAAGUGUGUGUUGCGCCCCGCCGCGGAUGCCGUCACGCGGACGCAGGGACUGCUGUGGGCGCAGCAGCUCAACCUGCUGUGCUUCUACAUCGCGCUUUGGCAGCGACGACACCCGUUAGGGGUGGUUGCGUUGGUGUUGGAGAAGUACCGAAGUGGGGAACUGGAUGCGUACAUCUCGGCCCCGGGUCGGUCGUCUGGGUCGCCCGUCGAACUGCUCGAGGGGGUGUUGGAGGCCCUCACGGAUGCGCUCUACCCUUGGCUCGCGGCGAUUCCUAACCUGAUUCGCUGCGAUGUGUUCAUGACCUAUCCACACAUGCCCUUGAAUGAACAGCAGGCUCUCAUGCAAGAAGUAACCAGUCGCUGCUAUGAAAAAGAGUGGAAAGCUCGAGGCUCAUCGGAGCCGGCCGGAUCUAUGUCCAAGGGAGGUGAUCCAAGUGGGGCAGAUGGGAUGCCAUCCGACGUGUGGGGCAGCAAGGGCAGAAUAAACGCAAAGGAACUUCUACACGACUACAUCUCAGAAGAGAGCAUCCCCGACCUGCACAUCUCCACCGAACUGACCGACGCCGGUUACCGAGCACUCCGCCUAGCUUUAGAGAAACAUAAAAUAGAUGGUGUUCGGAGGCUUACUACAGAGUCUUACGCUGUCUACAAGGGAUAG